UCUUAUUUAAGUAUACUGCCUCCACCAGGUUGAGUUCAAAAUGGGAACGGUUUAAGAGACAUUGCUCUUAUCAAGUGUCUUGUGGUCACCCUUUUGUUUUAAAGAGAUUUGUUUUUCUGGAUUACUGCAAGAUAAAAUAUUUGACACUGCUGAUGUGUUUUACUGCUUGAAUGACCGACACUAAUACCCGGCAUGGAUGUUCUUCUGGCUGCUAUAGAGAUAGUGACCAACCCAUCUGGACACCAAGAGCACUUGAUUAAGGUGAAUGAAGAGAAACCAGAUCCAAGCCCACCUUCUUGUGAUCACCCCAGUGUGUUUGGCAUUUGUGUGGAGUUAAAAAAAGAUAAUGAUGAUAAGGUUGAGGAAGCCUCUGAUAUGUGUCCAGCCAACCAGGAUUCAACCCUGCUCACAGAUAGGGAGGAGCCUGGGAUCCCCAAACAUGAAACUGGUAAAAGGAAAAGGAGUUGCUCAACAAGGAGCCCAAAAACAGGAGUCCGCUCCAAGAAAUCAAAUCACCAUUGCUUUAAAUGCGGACAAAGCUUCAAAACGUCAGUUCACUUUAAAAGACAUAAACUAGUUCAUUCAGGAGAGAGGCCUCAUGCUUGCCCCGUAUGUAGCAAGAGGUUCAUUACGUCCUCUGAACUAAAAGUACAUCUGCGUGUUCACUCAGGAGAAAAACCCUACCACUGCUCCGAAUGUGGAAAGAGCUUUGCUCAAUCAGGGUCCUUUUCUAAUCACCGCAGACUUCAUAGAAAUGAAAAACGCCAUCACUGCCCUGAGUGUAACAAGCGUUUCCAGCAACUUAUAGAUCUACGAAUUCACCAAAGGAUUCAUACGGGAGAGAAGCCGUACAUGUGCUUACAAUGCUGGAAGACCUUUACUACAUCCGGAGCGUUACGAGUUCACCAACGAACCCACACUGGUGAAAAACCUUACGAGUGCAAAGAGUGCGGGAAGACGUUCUGCCAGCUGGGCGGACUUAAAGUUCACAGACGUGUUCAUUCGGGAGAGAGGCCUUACGUGUGCUCCGUGUGCGAGAAGCGCUUCAAGGGACAUGCCAAUUUGAUCACACACAAGCGCAUUCACACAGGAGAAAAGCCUUAUCGAUGCACCAUAUGCAACAAGACGUUCACAGACAGCAGGAGACUAAAAGAGCACCAGCCACCUCAAUCAGAAGAGAAACCGUUUCGCUGCGGCGUUUGUAGUGAAGCUUUCGGUGCUUUCUGUCAACUUAAAGAACACCAGCAGUGUCACAAAGGAGAGAAGCACCAUCACUGCACUGAGUGCGGAAAGGCCUUUACGCAUUUGUAUUUGCUAAGGAGUCACCAGCGCGCACACUCGGAUGAGAGACCAUACUCCUGCACCGAAUGUGGAAAGUGCUUCCGCCGGUCAUUUGACCUGAAAAUGCACAUGAACACUCACAGUGAAGCGCGACCUCAUCUUUGCUCUGAGUGUGGAAAGAGCUUCCGCAGGGCUGCAGAGCUUAGGAUACAUCUGAGAGUACAUACUGGAGAAAAGCCUUAUCCCUGCUCUGUCUGCAGCAUGGGCUUCAAACAGACGUCACAGCUCAGAGUGCAUGAGCGCACUCACACAGGAGAGAGGCCAUUCCCCUGCCCGGACUGUAGGAAGACCUUCAAAGACAAGAGAAGCCUGCUUACACACCAGAGAGUGCACCAUAAAUAACGAAAUUCUUCCAUUAAUAAGAGAGAUAUAUUUGGAUAAUACAGUAUAUCAAUGAGUGUUGCAGCGGUGAGGUUUUAACAUGCUGAACACAGUACAGUAUGCUCUAUGCUACUCUGUUGGCUGUAAGACCCUGUUGGGUAAAUGCAUAUUACUGAUUAUUUUAUUCUUGUUUGUGUCUUACACUGUACACUCAAAGGUGCUUUUGGGAGUAUAUGUUCAGGAAUAUAGUGUAUCUUAUUCAUUAUUUAUACAUUCAUCACCAAGAAAUUUGCUGUUUUCAGGGGUUUUUUUAUGCAGGUGUAACUAAUUUGUACUGUUUAUGAAAACAGUGAAGUAUUUGAAUUUAAUAUAAAUUAAUAAUUUGUAUUUGUCUGAUACAUAAUUUAUUUUCUUAUUCUAUUCAAAUCAUUAAAUCAUGCUGAAACAUUUUGGGUACGAUAUAAAGACUUUAUUUGACACUUUUAUACAAUGUAAACUUAUUUUUUACAUGUAUUAUAAAACUGUUUGUUUUUUUUCGUCUUAAUCCCAUACUUUUACACAAAUAAAUUCUCUCUUUUAUAAAAGUGAAAGAGACUUUUUUUACCAAACAGACCUACAAGGAAGUUCAUCUACUGGAAGGACAAGCUUACGCUUCAAAAUUCAUGGGGAAAAUGACAAAUAGAGAUGCUUCAUGUAUAACAGUGACAUUAGUAUAUUGAUAUGGGUACAUAAGCAUAUUUUUCAAAAAUACUUGUAAGAAAACUUG